AUGGAUAUUUCAUCUGGUUCAGGUGAAGAGUGGUCGCCAGACGAACGUGACACAGGUGAUGGAGCUCCAGGUGACAUCAUCGUACCUGCCUCGGACACUGAUGACAGCAACAUCAUUCCUUCCUCUGUCCAUUCAGAUGGCGAAAAUGAAGAGAUUUCUCGAGGAAGAAAGCGUCCGAGGAACUUUGAAAACUGGAAAAUUAACAAGAGGAAGUUGAAUCGUAACAGCGGUAAAGAGUACACAUCUCGCAGUAAUAAGACACAAGAUGAAAUCGAGCCAUCGGAAAAUUCUGUUUCUCCUGAAAACAUUAAUGACGAAGCAGUCGGCAAUGAUCCCGAUUUUGACCCAGAAUUAGAGAAUAGUUCAAAUUCUUACUCAGAUGACGAAGAUUUCGAAAAAACUGAAAAUUCUGUCGAGGAUGAGGGCCCAAGACGAAAACACUCUACUAAAUAUGAAAUGAAAAGAAAUAAAUGGCAGGAAAAUAUUAAUCGAGUGAAUAGAGAGAAAGGAAAACAAUUCGUUGGAAAACGAAAAAAAAAAAAUGGAAAGUGGAGAUACGAUAAUGUGAAAGAGCCAAAAACGAUAAAACAAGCAUGCUACUAAAACCAAGAUAGGGCUAUCAUCGAAGAACCUCAUCAUUCGAAUAGUUCCAGUUCCAAGCCUUCAAACUCAUCAAGUAGUUCUUCAUCUGCUAGUGAGAGUGACACUUCAUCUUCCUCUGAGGAUUGUGAAGAUUUAAUCAACGACAAAUUGUAUACACCAGGAAGUGAUGAUUCUGAGGAAGAUAGCGGUAAAGAAAACAAUGGAAUUAAUCAAAAAGACAAUGACACAUUACAUUUAGAUACCACCAAUAAACCUUCUACAUCUAACCAAGAUAUCCCAAUUUUAACAAGCCCAGCCGAUAAAGGAGUGAAACGUAAGAGAAAUACAGCAAAAUGGAAAAGGAAUAUUUCAAAGGAAUUGAGAAAUUGUGGACAGGCCUAUGAAACAAAUACAAGGACCAAGAAACUUCGGAUGAAAAGGGAAAUGAAAGCUCCGUGCGGUGGAAAAUGUAAAUUGCAGUGUUCGUCAAAGUUCAAUCAAGAAGAGAGACAGCAGGUUUUUUCAGCAUACUGGUCAUUGGGUAAUAUAGAGAAGCAGAUAGACUUCAUCAAUAACUCCAUGACAGUUAUUGUACCACAAUACAGAUACAUUCGUGUUGGUGGUACAAGAAACCAACGACAAAAUAAUAAUGCUUAUUAUUUCAUUAGGCAAGGUCAGAGAGUCAGAGUUUGUAAGUUAUUUUUUGAAAAUACUCUUGACAUUAACGAUCGUACAAUUCGCACUGUACAAGAAAAACGAAAUAAAGUGGCAAAUAUUCUACUCGAACCAGAUAGACGAGGAAAACAUGGGAAACAUAAGACUCUCGACCCGACCAUUCGUGAAGGAAUUCGACAACACAUAAAUCCAAUCCCUAGGAUUGAAAGCCACUACACCCGCGCUAAUACUUCACGAACAUUCAUAGAUGGCAGUCGUUCGUUGGCCGACAUCCAUAGAGAUUAUGUUUCAAAAUGCAGAGAAAAAAAUGAGCUAUAUGGAAGUUAUGCUAUAUUCCAACGUGUAUUCACGAAUGAAUUCAAUAUUUCCUUCUUCGUGCCAAAGAAAGAUCUAUGUGAAACCUGUGUGGCAUACGAAAACGCUACAAAUGAAGAGAAACAACAUUUGAAGGAUUAG